UUCGAUCUCUUCCAUGAUGGCUGCGUUGUGUUUGAAUCUUGAGCUGCCACGGGGGUUCAGGUUCUGUCCGACGGACCAGGAACUGGUCAACUACUUCUUGAGGUCAAAGAUCACUGGGAUUAAUCACCAAGCACUUCACUUCAUUCCCCAACUUGAUCAUGAUUUCUUCAAAUGGGAGCCUUGGGAUUUGCCAGACUCCUCCGGCUUACCGACAAAGGAUGAAGAAUGGUUCUUCUUCUCGCCACGGCACCGGAAUGGGAAUCGGAUGAACAGGGCGACGAAUGCAGGGUACUGGAAAGUGGUUGGCAAGGAUCAAAAAAUCUGGUCCGGAGGGAGUUUGAUUGGAAUGAAAAAGAUACUACUUUUCUAUCUGGGCUCUACUUCCAACGCCAAAAUUACCGAUUGGGUCAUGCACGAGUACCACGCAACUCUCAAGGAGCUCGAUGGCACCACCAACCCAGCUCAGAAAACAUUUGUCCUCUGUCAUUUAUUCAAGAGGCCUAACAAUGGUAGCAAAGCUCCAAAGCGAAAGUACUACUCUACCAAAUCUGGACCUGCCAAGUGUAAGCUAGCACUGGCUUCUGAAUCUCCGGCACCGGAAGUGCAAGCCGAAGAUCAUCAUCCAACAACUAAUUAAGGAAUGUCUUCAUUCUGAUCUGGAUUCACAUGGAAUGACAUAUGUUGACACUAUUAGCAUGUAAUUUUGAGAGAAUCUGUUUUGAUUGA